AACCUAUAUGGAAACUUGCUGAAAGCCUAUUAGCUGCAUUCCAACUACCUGACCCAACAACUCAUGAACUUUUUGCAAAUACAAUGGAACUAAAUAAAACAGGGUAUUCUCAUCUUUCGUCAUGUUAUAUGGAAGGAAUAAAUAGGCAAAAUUCUCUCUAUCGUCAAGAAAUUUUAAAAGUAGAAACAAAAGUUAUUAAAGGUAAAAAAAGAAAAUAUACGAAUAGUAUAAUUAGUAAAACCAUUACUAAUAAUAACAAUGAGUCUGAAAAAAAGCAAACACCUUCUAAACGUAUUCGCCGACCCACAAGUAAUAGUACAAAAGAAAUUCUUUCUCAAUUACUUACUU